CGCUCGCGCCACGUCGGUUCCCGCAGCUGCCCUUCCCCCCCAUUCCCCCUCCGCGAGGGCGCAGCGCCAGAGCCGCGGCCCGGCGAGCGGACCGGACCGGACCGGACCGGGAGCGCCAUGGGCGGCCCGCGCCCCGGCUGCGCGCUGCUGCUGCUGCUGCUGCUCCUCCGGGCCGGGCAGCCGCGGGGCGCCGAGCUCACCUUCGAGCUGCCGGACAGCGCCAGGCAGUGCUUCCACGAGGACGUGGACCAGGGCGCCAGGUUCUCCCUGGACUACCAGGUCAUCACCGGAGGCCACUACGAUGUUGAUUGCUACGUGGAGGACCCCCAGGGCAACGUCAUCUACCGGGAGACCAAGAAGCAGUACGACAGCUUCACGCACCGGGCUGCGGUCAAGGGCGUCUACCAGUUCUGCUUCAGUAACGAGUUCUCCACCUUCUCGCACAAGACCGUCUACUUUGACCUCCAAGUGGGCGACGAGCCCCCCAUCCUCCCAGACAUGGGGCACAGGGUCACGGCUCUCACCCAGAUGGAGUCUGCCUGCGUGACCAUUCACGAGGCCCUGAAGACGGUGAUCGACUCCCAGACGCACUACCGGCUGCGGGAGGCCCAGGACCGGGCCCGGGCUGAAGACCUGAACAGCCGGGUCUCCUACUGGUCUGUCGGCGAGACGAUCGUCCUGUUUGUGGCCAGCUUCGGCCAGGUGCUGCUGCUGAAAAGCUUCUUCACGGAAAAGCGACCCAUCGGCAGGGCCGUGCACUCCUAGCCCGGCGUCCUGCUGCUGCCCCGCACCCCCCAGGUGGCAGCUGUCCUGGGUCACGGGCUGCGGGGCUGGGAGCCGCGGUGGGAGAGCGCAGGGCGGUGGGUGCUGCGGCAGCGUCUCGUCUUCCAUGCAGGCGCCAGGUCCUUGCACCCCGGCAGCCGAAGCUCAGGGAGCCCAGCAGUUUGAAGGCAUCCGAUUGCAUUACAUGUGCAACACGAAACACGUUUACAGCUGGUUAGGGAUUGGCCACUGUGGGAGGGCGGGCAGGCAGAGAUCCUGUGGCCUGGCUGGUAGGAGGAAGCCCAAGUGCCCAGGCCUCCGGGGCAGCUGAGGGCCCUGCCUCUGCUCCCUGAUGCCUGGGUCGUUGGGCUUGUGCGUCCUGGCCCGUGUGCGGAGCAAAGGGCUCUCGGUUCUAGCCUUUCCUGCCGUGGGGCUCGUGUACCCGAGGAAGCGAGACCCUAAAGUGGCUUUGCAGCUCUGCCCACCCCAGGCGAGCGGCGGUGUCAGCCAUGCAGGCGGGGCCCGGACGGUGAUGGGCACCUUCAGUUAGCUGUGUGUUUCCCCGGGGGCAGAACGGUGGCUAAUAAAAUCUAAGUGUGAGCACCC